GAGGCGUCACUACCAACGGAGUAGUGAACAAUAGUGAUUUGGGCAUUCGUUUGUCAGUAGCUAACUAUAGAUCUCUCCAAGACUGUGGAAGAGGUCAACAUGGCUUCACCACAGAGGACCCCAAGAGACCUCAAAAAGAUGAUAACAGACACUAAACAGGACAUGGACGAUGUCCACCUUGCUUUGGAAAAGCUCCGGGGUCUUUCCCAGGAUGAGGACACGGACAAAACAGAGGCAGCGAUGCUGCGGUCCAGGAUAGAUGAGCAGUCGAGCUUGAUCUGCAUCUUGAAGCAGAGGGCAGACGAGAUGGUUCUCCGAUGUCAAGCUCUCGAGCGGAUCAACGCAGAGCUGGAGAACCUUAGACAGGACGUGCAGAACGAGCUGGAAAACGAGAGGAAGAGGUCCUCCCUGCUCGAACAGAGAUUUAUGGAGCUGGCCGCCAACCACCAGGAGUUAAUCAACUUCAAGGACGAGUUCAAACUACAGAACGCUCAACUGACGGAAGAGAACGAACGGCUCCGCGAAGAGAACGAAAAUCUUUUCUGCAAAGAACUGCAGGAGAAGGAGGCGAUUAUUUUGCAGCUGACCCAGGAACUGAAAGAUCUCGCUGAGCAACACAAAAAUUUAGAGCUAGAAUAUCAGGAAAAAACAACCGGGUUCCAGACGAAACUCAAAGAACUUAUGAGUCUACACCAAAGUAAGGAAGCAUCUUUACAAGAUGAAUUGCACAUCACACAGAAACAGCUUAAGGAUGCUGUGGAUAUGUAUACUGAACUGGACAUGCAGCUCAGACAAACACGAGAAAAGGAUGCAUCAAAAGAGGUCCAACUGCAAGGGAAACUAGAGGCGUUGGCAAAGGAGAAGGAUGAGCUCCUGGAUCUGUCAUUGCAAAAGGAAAAAGUAAUACAGGACAAAGAGGAGGAAAUCAAGAUACUUGAGAGCAUGAGACAGGAGGCUGAAGAUGCAAGAGCAGCAGCAGAGGAGAGGUUUGAAAAGGAAGCGUCUGCGGUGAAUACCGAUUUGAAAGUGAGAGACCUCCAGCAUGCUCUUGAAGAGUCUGAACAAACAUGCAAUAAGCUCAAGAAGGGCCAUUUUGCAGGAACCCCAUGGGAGGAGUUCCUGGGCUGAGGGGAC